CCUCACCUGUGUGGAUAUCCUACAUCUCGUAAACACAGAGAGAAACAGCCUCGGAGGAUAAAAGUGGAGCAAAUGGACGGACGCACAGAGAAGCAGGAGCCGGGGGAUGGUGCUGCUGCUGCUGCUGCUGCUGCUUCCGCCGCUGCCGCUGCUGCCAUCGUCGUUGGGAACGAAGCGGAGAGCAAGCAAGUGCAGGAGGAAAAGUCCGGUGUGACCGGUCGGAAUUACCUGGACACCUGCCCCGUUUGCCACCUGAACUUUCACAGCCGAGAGCCCAAACUUCUGCCGUGUCUGCACUCUUUCUGCAAGAAAUGCUUGCCUUCACCAUCCAGGAAUCUGGCCAUGGCAGAGCCGCCAAACUCCCAGGUUGAGAGCGCGAGCAAACCACUGAAUGUGAUCCGCUGUCCGGUGUGCAGGCAGGAGUGCAUGGAGGUAGAUGUGAUGGAGAAUGCCUUUGUGAAGGACUCAGUUGAAGCUCCCAGCAGCACAGUGGAGAGGACGGUGCAGCUCUGUAUGACCUGUGAUGACAACACUGAAGCUGCUGGCUUUUGUGUGGACUGUGUCGAGUACCUCUGUGUCACCUGUGUGGAGGCCCACCAAAGAGUCAAAUUUACCAAAGACCACACCAUCAGACAGAAGGCCGAAGUAUCACAAGAGGUCCAUGGUGUGUCGGCUCAGAGGCCGAUGUUCUGUGACAUCCACAAACAAGAGCUGCUGAAGCUGUUCUGUGAGACCUGUGACCUGCUAACCUGCCGCGACUGCCAGCUAGUGAAGCACAAGGACCACAACUACCAGUUCCUUGAAGAUGCUUAUAGAAACCACAAACAGCACAUGGAGAGCAUGACCCAUCAGCUGCAGGAGAAACAGAAACUGAUCGAAGAGGUGUCUAACUCCAUAAACAGUGGACUUGUUCAGGUUGAUCAGAACCGCACGUCUGUUCAUAAUGAAAUAAAGAAAUCCAUCUGCAGUUUGAUCCUGGAGAUAAACAAGAAGGGCAAGAUGCUAGUUAAUCAACUAGAGGCUGUAACAAAGGAUCACGAGACUGUCCUGCGAAAACAACAGGAGGACAUCGGCUAUCUAUCCAGACACCUGGAUCAUGUCAUCAACUUCACCAAAUGGGCCACAGCCAGGAAUGGGGGCACGGCCCUCUUGUACUGUAAACGUUUGAUUCUGUUUCAGAUUGGAAACCUCCUGAGGGUAAAAUGUAGUACCUCGUUCAUACCACAGAGCACUGUACGCUUCCAGAGUCGAUCCUCUUACUGGGCCUCAAAUGUUGAUCUGGGCUCUUUAGUGGUGGAGAGUGUACCAGGCCACCAGCUGGGCGGUUUUCAGGGUAUCCCUCAUCAGCUCUCCCACCCUGGGCAGGGCCCCUCAGGCUCACCCCACAGCUUUGCCCUGGGAGCACCCCAUAGUACUCUGGCUCAGCUCCAGAUGCAGGUGGACAAGCUCAACCCGCAGGCCAACUGGCAGCCUCAACCACCUCCUCCACCCUGGACGUGGUACCAGAGCGUCCGGCUACAGCGAACCAUUCCAGGGCCUCUGCAAGGAGGCUCUCCCUCCCACACUGUGCUUCCCCAACCAGGCCGCAGGUUUAUGGUGCCUCCUGCCAACCACGUCAGCCCAACUAGCAGCCAACCGAGCCCUGGGUUUACGCCCCAGCCUCUGAGGGGGAUGGGAAGCAGCUCCAGCUACCAACCCAAACCUGUGGAUGUGUUUUCCUCCUCACCUCUGUACACCCAGAUAACACCACUGCCCAUCAAUGGCGGCGUCAGUUCACCUCAAUCACGACAGACGAUUGAACCUACGUAUCUGACUAGGAGGAGUGACUCAGGUGGUCCCAUCUAUAUACUGAAACCUAACUAUCCCCAGAGCCUGCCACCUUCUUUGCUACACAGAAAUGUGCAAGGACAGCAGAACUCACUAGGGUACACUGCUGUAUCCCAGGAGGAGAAACCAGGGACCGUGACAUGGAAACCUCCAGAAACACACCAGGCGAGCGGAGCAGUGGGCUCAGCUGUGAAAAAAAGACGAAGAUCGUCACCAGGGCCCAUCAUUGUCAUCAAAGACGAGCCAGAUGAUGACGGCAGCUAUGUACAAGCCAACCAAAGAGCCAGCCUCCCCGACAGCACAGGUGACCAACCCCAAAUCAGUGCCCAUGGUGAGGGGAACAAAGUCUCUACCCCUCUUCAAAGCACAAACGACAAACCCCAUAGCCCCUCACAGCCUCCGAGCAGCCCACAGGACCAGAGUAAGACUAAUGCUGCAAAUGGCAUCCGUUCACUGGGAGGAGAACAGCAGGUAGAGCAGCACCGAGCUCCGCUGGAAGACUCUAAUGAAGCCUUGUGUGCUGUGUGUCGAACCGGGGGAGAGCUGCUGUGCUGCGAUAAGUGUCCCAAGGUUUUUCACCUUUCGUGCCAUGUUCCCACUCUCCUCAAAUCUCUCAGUGGGGAAUGGUUUUGCUCUUUCUGCCGUGACCUGUUAGUGCCUGAGAUGGAGUACGACUGUGAAAGCAAACCUGAAGCCAAAACAGUGAAGAAGGAGCCAGGAUCUGAAGGAGGAUUUCCCCCUGUGGACAAACGAAAGUGUGAGAGGCUGUUGCUGCACUUGUUUUGCAACGAGCUGAGUUCAGACUUUCAAGGGCCUGCAUCCCCCUCGGUAUGUGCAAAUAACAUGCUGACUGUGAAGGGACCGGUGAAUCUUUCCGCUGUGAAGAAACGACUGGAGGCGAAGCAGAGUGUGUGCUAUCAGAGCCCUGCAGAGUUUGUAUCAGACAUCAGGCUCGUCUUGGGAAGCCAUGCAGUCCUCAGUGAGGCUGACACAGAGGCCGCCAUGGCAGGCAGGAAGCUCAAAGAGCUGUUUGAGGAGCACCUGAGGAUCACCUUCCCUGACCAGACCUUUCCAGAAAUCAAACUGGAGAUGAUACCUACAACCCUGUCUGACUCUCUCCUCUCACCUCUUGACAAUAUUUCCCGGCCUGCAAAGCGUCAGCGCACAUGUUCAGACUCCUAGGAUACAUCGAGAUGUCCCAGUGGAGAGGAGGGAGUAGUAUGAAAGCACAAAUGAAUCGCUUGACAACACUGCCAGCACCAGCUUAUAUGUGGUGUGUUACAUGUAAUUACAAACAUUUAAGACACACAGUCACCUUCAGGUCACCAAAAAUGUUUUAUAAUUAUUGAUUAAAUGUACAGCAAGCAACGAACGAUGAUGCAGAGCAACAAAUUAGCUCUAUUUUCUGGACUGAACUGCGAAAAAGCUGUUGCAUUUGUUUUGACUCUGAACAAGCUUGAAGAUUCCGACUACAGUUCCUGCAAGAAUACACACAUGCAGCACAUUUGGGUGUUUACAGGGUACAAGUUGUCAGUUCGCUGUCACUAACUGAUACGUCUGCUCUCAGUAGAUACAUUCAUUGACACUGAGCUAUAGACGCUGUCGUCAGGUCCGCUGUGUUUUUCCUGUUUAGUGCUCCAUGUGUAAAUAUAGAAGUUAUCAGAGGAAGGGUGAUAAUCAUCCGCUUUGAUGUUUGUGGUCUAUCUUAUGCGGAAUAAGAUUUGUUUGAGGGCCCCUCGAGGCCAGUGAAAUGAAAAACAUCAAAGCAGUCAAAGCUGUUUGAUAAAACCCAAGACUGUUUAAGAUGUUACACUGUCACACAUCAUUACACAAUAUUUCUGCCUGGGCUCAUUUGUCAGGCUUUUAUAGCAGAGCUGCAGAUCUGAUGUUGUAAAGCUAAAUGUUAUGUCCAAUUUUAUUUAUUUGUGUUUAUUUAAUAAAAGAUUUUCUGAUUUUAUUGUGAA